CCCCCUGGCGAUUGUGACGGCGGCCGGGGCACGUGCCGGGCCAAUGAUUUUCAAAAAGGUUCGAUCCGUUUGUUACCAACGAAACAAACCCAACAAAAGGGCGAGUGAGUGAGGGUGGAGUGAAGGAGGACCCCAUUGACUGAGAUCACAAUAAAAUAAUGAUCACAAUGGAGGCAUCUCUGAAUAAAACAAUCCAGAUUACAUUUGCACCAAUCUGUGGAACUUUGGGAGAAAUCUUCAUUAGAGAUACCCUCCACAGGAUCAUUUUCAGGAUGAAUGGCACAACGAUCAGAGUGCCACGGAAUGGUGCCCCUACAUUUCUCUGAAGAGUGAAAAUAAAUAUGUUUCAGGGUUAAGCUCAAGAAAGGAUUAUGGUGAUCAAAAUAUUGCUGGCCAACAUAUGACUGAAAAGAUAAAAAUAGAAGAUGAUGACCAUUAUAAACCUUCUGGUUCCAACAGGGGAACUCAGCAGACUAAAGAUUUAUUGUUCUUAAAGGAUCUGAAUGGAACUGAUGGGUCACAACAUACAGAUCUGAAACUUCCAAUAACUUUGCACCCACUUCCACCUGGAAUUAAACUUCAGCUUCAAGGUUCAACUUCCACUUGCGAUGUGGUCAAAUUUGCCAAAUUAUCUGGAUCACUAGCAUCAAACAAUUUGGGCGACAUUAGGCUACAGACACAAGUGGACCCAUCCUUGAAGAUCAACACUAUCAAUGUUCCUCUUACUGUACCUCCUACUGAAGCAGAAAUCAAUGAUAUGCCACCUUCCAAAGACAGAAGUGGGCACAUAAAACGCCCCAUGAAUGCAUUUAUGGUUUGGGCACGGAUUCAUAGACCAUCAUUAGCCAAGGCGAAUCCCAAUGCUAAUAAUGCUGAAAUUAGUGUCCAACUUGGCCUGGAGUGGAAUAAACUGACUGAAGAACAGAAGAAACCUUAUUAUGAUGAGGCGCAAAAGAUAAAAGAGAAACACAGGGAAGAAUUUCCUGCAGGUCAGAGCCAGUCUUUGCGCAUGCCAGUUACUCAAGGUCCUCGUCCAAAUUCAAUUAUACUUUAUCCACAAACAAAUCCCGUCCAGGUUGGUCUGUCUACUCAAAAUAUUUCCAGCCACCCCGCUGUGCCGGUUACCUGUCCACCGGGACACAGUAGGAAUGAGGUGCAUCACGAGGUCCCGGGUCCUAGUGCAGUAUCAAAUUGUGCAGAGCAAAGGAUACCAACAAUGUCAGUGGAUGUUGGCAAACGAAAUUCUUCCAGUGAAAUGAACAACACCCAUAACAGAGGUGCAAUGCCUGAAGUCCAACCACAAAAGGAGAUCCCCACAGCGCCCAACUGCCCCAGAAAUGCACCAUCAAUACCUUCAGCAACUCUUCCACACCCACAUGCCUACCAGCAUCCACCGAUGGGACAUGCUGCUAAUCUGUUUGGAGCUGCUGCCCGAUUUCCUUUUCACCAUCCUUAUUUCUUGCCUGGACCACCCUACUUUCCUUCAAGUACUUGUCCAUAUAGCAGACCACCCUAUGGCUACGGUGAUUUUGCAAACAGCAUGUCUGAAUGCCUAGGCUACUACGAAGACCGAUACCAGAAGCACGAGGCAAUGUUCUCCGCACUGAAUAGAGACUACCCUUUCCGGGAGUACCCAGAUGAUUGUCAACGCAAUGCAGACUCCAGGAGCAAUAGCAGCAUCGAGGAAGGGCCCCACUCAAACAACCUGGGAGGAGAAGAGUAUCUGAACUCGGUGCCACAGCUGGACGUUGGAGCACUGGAGAAUGUAUUCACAACCCCAAUGUCUGCUCCUUCACAGCCUCAACGAGUGGAGAUGGUCCACAGUGAUGAUGAACAAGAAGGCAAAGUUUUAAAAAGCCUGUAGCUAAAAACAAAUCUAUUCAAUUUGUUUAAAACCUACCAUCAGAAAAAAGUAUCUCUGUGGAAUGAUGAUUCUUUUAUUUAUAAUAAAUCAAACUGAGAAUUCACAGUUUUGUCUCCACAUGGGAGCAAUUGAUGUUUAUAACAUCUAUGCAUGAAAAUACCGAGCAGUUCAAAUAUAACUUUCGCACACAAAAAAUAUAAAAAAGAAAAAAAUUGUUGGUGUUACAUGUUGUUAUUGACACAUUUCAAAAUACCUUCAGUAACCUUAUGAUUUACUUUCCAAAUUCAGUUGAAACACACCUAACUGCUAGUUAGUGCUCGUGAUUCUGGUUUUUGCACAUCAACUUCUGUAAGUGUUGUUCAUAUUGUUAUAGUUUCUUUUUGAGUUAUAUUUUAAUAAACUAACGUUAAACCUACAUUUUUUUAAACAAUUGUUUUUCUUAAUAGCUCCCUUGUCACGUUUGAUAAAGUUGCAGUUCAUUAUGGCUUAUUUUAAAAAUCUGUCCAUACCAUUAUGCUACUUGAUGUGCCCAGAAUGCCACGUCGUAUGACUGUCCAUCACUCACGAUUCUCCUGUAUGAUUAUCUUCCCAACAAAAGCAGUUCCAUCAGAGGCAGGGAGAUGGGGGAGGUCUGAUGCCAAUUGCUCCCCUAGUUCUUCUUCCACAACUCCAAGCACCAGAGUAGGACUAGCAUAGUGCCCAAACAGUGAGGUGACCUUCCCACCCCCCGAAACCCUGUGCCAUGGAGAGUGGUAGACAGAGAGGUCUAAAGAGAGGGAGGACAUUUUCCGAAAGGGGCCGAUUUUAGUUUCUGCAUUCAUUUAAUCCCAGCAAUUUUUAAUUUUGUUACCGUAUUUAUUAUAAGCCAUCAAGGACUGCCUAGCCUUCAAAUUGCUGUAUUUUUGAUUAGAGGGAGCUUUCUUAAUUCAGCAUAUUGCAUGGAAGUUUAACAGUAUUAUAAAAUCUGUGGUAUAAACCAAUUUGUUUUAUUUAAUCUUUUUAAAAGAGUAGUGGUAGUUCAGAACAUUCCUGAAUUGAUGGUGAUUAAGGGAACAGAAUCAAUUUGCCAUCCCUAAUUUGUAACAUUAUCACAUAUUCAUAUAUAUUGUUUUAAUAAAUAUUUAUAUUUAUUGCA